AUGUUUUCUGAAAGAUCAAAAAUAAGUUCCUCUGAUAAAGAUAUAACAAACGUACUCAAGCGAAAGACACAAAAAUCAUGUAUCAUUAGCAGCUCAUCUUACUCAUGUUCAUGUACCACUGGCUGGAUUGGUGACAAUUGUACACUUGAUGAUCCAUGUUUGCCCAAUCCCUGUGAGAACUCAGGCACGUGUAUUCAGUCUGGAACGACGUAUCAGUGCCAGUGUCCUUCAGAAUAUUCCGGAACAAAUUGUACCUUUAUAAUAAAAGAAGAAAAUAAAAGUCCUGGGAGUGGUUUAUCCCCAGGUGGAAUAAUUGGAAUCUGUAUCGCAGUAUGUUUGGUUGGUGCUGGUGCAGUCAUAAUUAUCUAUCUUAAAUUUUGGAGUGUGAAUGCAAGAAAGAUAAAGACAGAAAUGAAGACUGAUUUAGCAAAACUUGAACAUUUCAAGACUCAAAGAACGCAAUCUGCACUAAGGAGCAAUACCGUAACACCGUUAGGUUUUGAGAAAAUUACCAUUGAAACAGAAACAGCGAACACAACACGUAUACAAAAUGGGAACGGGAAUGAAAUCGAAAAACUAGAACAUACACCCAACGGGAAAGUGAAUACAUAUGAAACACUGGAUUAUACACCUGGUGGGAAAGUGAAUGAAUUCGAAUCUUUGGGUAAAUAAACCUAAUAAGAAAGUGAACGGAUGAGAAAAAUGGGACGUACUAUCUUAUGGUAAAGUAAAUGAAUAUGCAUGCAAAAAAGGAGCGUGAUAUUCAGAACAGACACUGACUUAUCCUUUCCCAUAAAUUCAGAAUAUUACCAAAAAGCAAUAACUACAACACAGUGGUACGUUCAAGAAAGAGUGGUAUUCACUUGUUUAUUAAAAACUCUAUUCAGGAGAUUCAUUUAGACAAGAAUAUUUUUAUCUGAUUAGGUACACAAUGUAUACUGCAUAAUAAAACAUAAUGAUAAAUAAACUUAUGUUUUAAACCAUAACUAUUUUAUUACCUCACCUGUCACGUAGUGACAGGGUGAGCUUUUGUGAUCGCCCGUCGUCCGUCGUCCGUCCGUUCACAAUUUCCUUGUGAACACGAUAGAGACCACAUUUUGUAUUUGAUUUAAUUAAACUUGCACACAGCUUGUAUUGGCAUGAUAUCUUGGUUCCUUUGGAAAACCGGCCAGAUUCUAUCAUGGGUUUCAGAGUUAUGGCCCCUUAAAGGGCCAGAAUUGGCCAUUUGUAUACGUCCGUUUGAAAAACGGGACGUAUUAUGGGAACACCCCUGGCGGGCGGUGUUCACAUACUUUGUCCGGAGCAUAUCUUCUUCAUGCAUGGAGGGAUUUUGAUGAAACUUGGCACAAUUAUUCACCAUUAUGAGACGGAAUGUUAUACGCAAGAACCAGAUCCCUAGGUCUAAGGUCAAGGUCACACUUAGAGGUCAAAUGUCAAAUUCAAGAAUGGCAUUGUCCGGAGCAUAUAUUCUUCAUGCAUGGAAGGAUUUUGAUGUAGCUUGGCACAAUUGUUCACCAUCAUGAGGCGGAGUGUCAUGCGCAAGGACCAGGUCCCUAGGUCUAAGGUCAAGGUCACACUUAGAGGUCAAAGGAUACAAGAAUGAAAACUUUGUCCGGAGCAUUUCUUCUUUAUGCAUGGAGGGAUUUUGAUAUAACUUGGCACAAAUGUUCACCACCACGAGAUGGAGUGUCAUACGCAAGAACUAGGUCCCUAGGUCUAAGGUCUAGGUCACACUAAGAGGCCAAAGGUCAGAUACAAGAAUGACUUUGUCCGGAGCAUUUCUUCUUCAUGCAUGGAGGGAUUUUGAUGUAACUUGGCACAAUUGUACAAUUGUACAAAUCAUGAAACGGAGUGUCAUGCGCAGGUCCCUUCUUUAGAAUUACUUCCCUUUGUUGUUACUAUAAAUAGCUUAUAUUGUUACUUUUUCAUUACUAGUCGUAGCGAAAAAUCGAGACCACUUUUCUGUGGUACAACAUGCAUGUUACAUCCAAUUCUGAGGUGUAUUUUGACCUAUCACUACCUCGUAAGUAUUUUUAUGUGGACUUACAAUUUUUUUUGAUUGUUUUUUUUUUUAAGAUUAAUUUCCCUUAGUUGUUACUAUAAAUAACUUACAUUGUAACUUUUUUAUAAUUGACCGUAGGGAAAAACCAAGAAAACUUUUCUGUGGUACAACAUAAUGUUACUUUCAAUUUAAGGUAUCUCUAUCUGGUAAGGAUUUUUGGUGGACUUAGAAAAACAAAAGAAUUACAAUAAUUACUAAAAAAUACAUAGUAAACAACCACAAAAUUAAAAUUCCAUUUGCAAAUACAGGUGCUAAUGUAAAGAAAUUUGCUGUGACGGGCGUAUAUUGUGACAUUCUGGCACUCUUGUUAGCUUGUGAACACGAUAGAGACCACAUUUUAUAAUCAGCUUUAAUAAAACUUGCACAGAAGAUGUAUUGGCAUAAUAUCUCGGUUCCUUUCGAAAAUUGGCCAGAUCCCGUCAUAGGUUGCAGAGUUAUGGCCCACUUACACACAACUUAAGUCACAAGAAGAUCUCGGUUGCUUUCGAAAACCGGCUUGAUUCCAUCAUGGGUCCUAGAGUUGUUGCCCUUGAAAGGGACAAAAUUUUCUAUUUUGGUCCUUUCAGCCAUAUAGAUGUUUCAUUUAUGCUUUGAUUUGAUACACACUUGCACAGAAUGAUUAUCUUGAUGAUCUCUAGGCCUGGAUUGAAACUUGGUCAUGUCAGAUCAAAAACUAGGUCAUCGGGUCAAAUCAAAGGAAAAGCUUGUUAACAACCUAGAGGCCACAUUUAUGACCAUAUCUUCUUGAAACUUGGUCAGAAUGUUUAUCUUGAUGAUUUCUAGGCCAAGUUUGAAACUUGGUCAUAUUGGGUCAGAAACUAGGUCAUCAGGUCAAAUCAACUCUUGUUCAUUUGAUGUGCAUGAAACUUUGCCAGAAUGUUUGUCUGCAUGAAAUAUCGCAUUAAUUUUUAUCUGGGUCAUGUGGGGUCAAAAUCUAGGUCACCAGGUCAAAUCAAAGAAUAAGCUUGUUUACACCCUAGGGGGCACAUUUUUGAUUCUAUCUUCAUAAAAUUUGGUCAGAAUGUUUGUUAUCAUAAAGUCUUGGAUGAUUUCAAAUCUGGAUCACGUGGGUCAAAAACUAGGUCACCAGGUCAAAUCAUAAGAAAAACUUGUAUACACUCUAAAGGCCACUUUUUUGCUCCAAACUUCCCGAAACUUUGUCAGAAUGUUUGUUUUCAUGAAAUUUAGGACAAGUUCGCAUCUGGGUCAUGUGGGGUAAAAAACUAGAUAACUUGGUCAAAUCAAAGAAAAUGCUUCUUUACACUCAAGAGGCCACAUAUUUUGGUCCAAUCUUAUUGAAAAUUGGUCAGAAUAUUUGUCUCCAUGAAAUCACUAGGGAAAACAUGUUUACACUGUUAUGGCGUAUUACACAGGUGAGCCAUCUUGGCCCUUUUGUUUAGAAUAAAGGAAGAUGUUUUUUUUGAGUUCUAAGGAACACUUUUCUGUAGCUUAGAUACUUUCUAAGUAGUAUCAUACUGCAAUUCUUAAGAGUCAAUAAACUGGUGAUUAAGCGAGCUGAUCUCAUUUUUUGUGCUAUUCAAUUUUAGUAAUAUGUUAUUUUCUGAAUGUUUUUAAACAUUGGUUCAUUUAUACCAGUCUGCAAAACAUACUUUAUGUUAUGACUGAAUUAUUUACUUUCGGAGUAUUAAAAUGCUAUUGUACAAAAAUCAUAGGGACUUUAAAACCAAAUAAAUUGUUUUGUACAUUAAACUGUUUUAAAACUUUGAAAAAAUUAUUUUAAUCAUUAUCAUGUUUGAUUCUGCCUUUGCAGCCAGAGUAGAUCAUGAUCAGCCUGCACAGUCUGAUCAUGAUCUGCAGUGUUCGCCAUUCAGUCAGUAUCUUUUAAAUAAGGAAGCCUUUUAACAGUCAAUGGUACUGUCUAAAUUAGAAGACGGACAAAUUCAUUAUCAAAAAAAUAAUCGGUGUAAAAUCGGGGUAAAGGUUAACAAUAGUUCUUUUAAAGGAUAGUGAUAUUUAUAAUGAUUGUUUUAUCGCAAUGCUAAAAUAAAAUAUGCAGUCAAAUAGAUUAGGCUGAAACAAAGAAUAAAAUCAAAUUUUAAUUUAGCAGUACUUAUUUUCCUAGAAUUUUAGCAAAAUAUUAAAUUAAAAAGCUCCAUGUGGUUCUGGGACGAUCUAUGUAUGAAAAGAAUUGGAACCACUGCAUUACCCUUGCAUGAUCGUAAGAGGCGACUAAUAGGGUCUUAACAGUUUGUUUUGCAGUAACUCUGUGAUUCCAGCAGGUAUGCAAAUUUUGAUUUCAUACCUCAUGUUUUUAUUUCGAUGUAAAUGAGUUGUGGAACCAAAAUUUGUAGUCCUGUUUCGCGCCAUAUAACCUAUACUGUGUUGGUGCGCCGUAAAACUCAAAUAAAUAAAUAAAUAAAAAAGACAUUUGUUUGAUGUUCGUGAUGUUUGUCUGAAGACAUGCCCUUUUUGGCCGGUAUAUUUUAGUACCAAUUGUGUAGAAAGUUUCGUUAUAUUUUUUUGUGUAAUUGUAAAUUUGGCUUUCAGAAUAUAAGUUUAACUAAAAUGAAUUAGUAUCAAUAGAUGUAAAGAGUUCGAAACUGUUUUGACAUUAAAUUUGAGGCAGACCAUUUUCAGAUGAGAGAGAAAUUUAAGUCACAUUUUUCACCCUCAAAUUUGUACUGAGAUAUAUUGAUUAUUUCAUGGUAUACAUACAAUUUGAUAUAAUGCACACUUCGCUCUGUGUUAAAAGUUGUUGUGCCAUGUUAAGAUACGUUCGUUGAAGUUGCUUUUUAUAGAAUACUUUUGAAGAAUGUGUGAUGUCCUGUUACAUCUCUAUAACUAGUGCAUGUUAUGCAAUUAAAGUCAUUUUAUAUACAUAUUCUAAGGUUAUAAAUUAUUACUGUUUGCUUUUUUUAUAAAUGUUGUUAAUCUUAAUAUCUAUUUAUAGCUUAUGUGAUUCUUAUAACGCUUUUUGCUAUACAAUUUAUAAGUGUUGUUUCACAUGUUGUUAGUGUAAUUCACACAACCUUUAUCAUUGUAACACAGGUAUUUUAACAUGUAUCAGGCUAAUAGGUAUAUUUAUCAAUGCAAUACAUUGAAGUUGAAUACGAAAAAGAUAAUUAAUUAGUUUAUACUAAUUUAUAUAAGGAAGAUUGUGAAUCAAGUUCUGCGACUUAUAUUAAUCACUCCAGAUUGAAUCCAUCGCCACGAGGGUAUGAGAGAAGUGGCCAGUUUCCCUUUUAAUGCUGAGCGCCAAGCAAUGGAGCUACUGGUGCCAUUUUUCAUGUCUUUCAUAUGACGUAGCCGGGGAUCGAAUCCACGACCUCCCGCACUCGAAGCGGGCGCUGUACCACUGGGCUAUUGAGGCGGUUAUUUAGAUAAUUAAUUAUUUAAAAGCUAUGAAUACAAAACAAAACUACAACAAUCAACAAACCUUUAAACAUGUGAAGGGGCCUCCGUGGCCGAGUGGUUAAGGGCGCUGACUUCAAAUCACUUGACCCUCAUCGAUGUCGGUUCUAGCCUCACUCGAGGGUUGAAUUCUUCAUGUGAGGAAGCCAUCCAGCUGGCUUGUGAAAGGUCGGUGGUUCUACUCAGGUGCCCGCUCGUGAUGAAAUAAUGCACGGUGGGGCACCUGGGGUGUUCUUCCACAAUCAAAGCUGGAAAAUCCCCAUAUGACCUGUAAUUGUGUCGGUGCGACGUUAAACCCAACAAAAUAAAUAAAUUUAAACAUCUGAACGAAAACUGUUUUUUUUUAAUCUUAAGGCAAGUAUAUAUCUAAAGUAUUAAUUUUGACAUAAAUCUGGAAGUUAGCCCCUUUUGAGAUUAGAGACAAAUUUAUGCCUUGUUUUGCCUCUGAAUUUGUAUGGCGAUAUCGGCAGGGUAAUUAUUACAUUCGGUAGAGGUAUACUGUACACUUUUCGAUAGGUGAGGUUGAUAGUUAUAUUGGACAAAGGCAGAUAAUGUAUACAUUUUGGACAGGUUAAUUUCUACAUUAGUCGGAGGCAUACAAUCAUUUUUUGGGAAAACGGGGUAAAUUCAGUCUUUAUGUUUAGAGUGCCAGUUAAGUCAAGCUUAAGAUAAUGAUUGAUGUUGUAUAUUCAUGAAGUUUCGGUUGUAUUAUUCAUUACCUCAUAGCUUGCCUUCUAUGGAAUAUAAAUCAUAGGUGCUUACCGGGCAUUCAUGUACAUAUCAAGCAAAUAGGUUUUGACUCCAAUACAGCCGAAAACCACGCUUGAGACGAAUUCAAAUGCCCACCGUCUUUACCUUAAAUAUACUCAUUUCCCUGCCGGGCAAUAGGAAGUCAAUGAAUUCCCUUCCACAUUUAAUGGUUUAGAUCUAAUAAGUACAAUACACGACUGUAUGUUAAAAGGAUACAUUUCUAGCCGCACUAAUGUAAAAGCGCUACAAUUAAAAACAAAUACGAAUAGUCAAGGUCGAUUCACACACACUUCAAAAGCCAUCACUGAACCAUUCCAUAUUGAGGUAGACUAGUAUGAAGUAGACUAAUACUAAACUUUUCUCGUGGCUAUUUUCAGGAAUGUUUGCACGAUCAUCACCUCUUACGAACUACUGACCCAGUUUACACUUCCUAGUUUACAAAGUAGUUCGUCAAUUGUUUUGACUUUAUAAGAACUAUUUGACAGUAUAAACGUCAAAUGUAAUAGAUAAAUGCACAGUGGUAGGAUGAAAGUAAAUAUCUAUCUCGUCUGCUGCUCUGAUUAACGUGUAUGAACUUCCUUUGGAAUACAUUUACAGCUCUUUGAGUUAAUGGCGCCAACUUAUGAUUUUGCAUCAGAAAUGACGGAAAUGGCCCAGUAUCAUUCCAGACAUGAUAUUCAAAUGCGUAUGUUAGAAACAAGAAGAUCUAAAUAUGAAAACAUCUUGUUUUCUAUCUUUGCUGUACAUACGCGGGGCUACUGUGAUUCACAUGACUCAUUCCAAUGUCCAGCAUUUCUUAAUGAUAAUAUAUCUUACAUGGGGUUGUCACAUAGAAAAGGAAAUAUCAUUUCUAAAUUUUCAUUCUUGAAGUAUAGUUUGGCAUUUUUAACGUAUGUCUGUUUGAUCUAAAAGUAGUGAUAUCUAAUGAAUGUAAGUUUCAGGGUCCGCCAUUAACGAUUGUUUUCUAGACCACAAGGUACUAGUAAUGUACAACCUUAAAAUACAUCCAAUUGGUAUUUGAGAAAAGUACCACUUCUAUAUAUCAUAAUUCAACGGUUUUUUUCUCAGACAAAUGUAAGGUUCGAUUAGUUAUUUCACCAAGCCAAGGAUGAGUUAGACUGAGCUAUUUUCAUUGUUCUUUCUAGUCAUACUAAUUUUCUUGGCAGACAUAAGACCUGCACUCUUACAUACGACGUAUUCUCUUCCACUUUUGUAGAAAUGAAUGUUUCCUGUCAGGUGUAACAGUGAUUUUCGUAAUCUUGCAAUGGCAAUAGCUUCCUGAAAUGAAACAAUGUUUUUGUUCACUAAAUAUACAUGAGUAAUGGUCUGAAUACAUCGAAUUCAGACUUUUACUAGAACCUAAAAGUAUUUUAAACAGAACAAGAAUUGUGAGACUUGUGUUUGAUACUUUUGUUUAUUUGUUUGUAAUAUAUAAAUUAUAUAUAUUUACAGAGAUACUUAAUUAUUUCUGUGUGAUUAUUUUUGAUGUCUGAAACUUAUAUCAGACGACAAGAUUGGAGGAAAUCUACACUCUACAUAUGAGCUGAAUCUGAGAAAUUCCUAGAUGUUUUAUUAAAUCUCAUUAUAUAAAAUGUAUUUCAUUAGUAUUUUAUAUAUACAAUAAAUGCCUAUUCCUUAAUAUAAAAUUAUAAUUAUAAAUCGUUGGUUGUGUCUAGUACUUAUCAACAAUGAAUAACAAGCAACCGUUAAUGUCACUAGCUACUAAUUUAAGGAACAUGCAAUACGUUGUGUAAUCCCCCAUAAGUCAUUUUUAAUUUAGUGUUGAUACCUCAUAUACCUUUUUCACAAUGACUGAUACCAAUUGUUCUCAAUAUGUAAGAAAGACUUUUUGUAAACAUGUAUCAUUAAUAGCACAUCUUUUAAGCAUAAACUAUGUUAUGCUAUAGUUUUCCGUUUUAUAACAUACACUGAAACAGUUUGAAAACGCACUCGACAUAACUUUAUAAAAUUCGAUAUGAAGCAUAAGUUUAUUGAAGACCUUGCACUAUACGUCUCUUACUUGCU